AUCUACUUCUCUCUUUCAGCCAAACAGACCUCAAGUCAAACCAGUCCAGGGUCUAACUUAAACUUCCAACUACAGUGAAAAUGCCGGCUGAUUAUAAUGGACGCUGGGAGAUGGUGAAAAAUGAGAACUUUGAAGAGGUUAUGAAGGCCCUGGACAUUGACUUUGCCACCAGAAAGAUCGCCGCCCACCUUCACCAGACCAAAGUGAUUGUCCAAAAUGGAGACAAGUUUGAGACAAAGACGCUGAGCACCUUCAGGAAUUAUGAAGUGAAUUUCACGAUCGGAGUGGAGUUUGAGGAGCACACCAAGGCCCUGGACAACAGGAAAGUCAUGACUCUGGUUACCUGGGACGGGGACAAGCUGAUCUGUGUCCAAAAGGGAGAGAAGGAGAACCGCGGCUGGAAGCACUGGAUCGAAGAUGACAUGCUGCAUCUGGAAAUCUUUGCAGAGGGCAAGGUCUGCCAUCAAGUCUUCAAGAAAGCAUGAUAAAUCAACAACUCUGCACGCGUGACCAUUUCUAUUUAUACUGCACUUUAAUAAAGAAUUGUAAACACA